CCGCGGCCUGCAAGAUGCCGCCUAGAGCGGCUGCAACCAUAGAGCUUCAUCCUGGAGCGGCCCCGCCGCGGAGCGAACGGCGCAUGCGCUUAGUUUUGCUUCGCUGUGGCGGUGAGGAGGCGUGGGGUCUGCAGCAUGGCUCCGGUGCUGAAUCUCAACAACGAGGUUGUGAAGAUGAGAAAAGAUGUGAAGAAAGCCAGAGUCCUGACCAUUCGCAGACUGACCAGACACAUCGGGAAACUGAAGUUGAAAAAGGGUUCAGAGGACUUGAAGCUAAAGAACCAAAAACGAGCUGAGAGAUUAAUAGAAGAAAUCCACGCUAUGAAGGAAAUAAAGCCGGACCAAGUUACCAGACUUGCACUUAGGAAAGAAGUUAAUUUUGAAAGUAUCUGCAGAAAGCCAAAGUCCACUGCAAAUGAGCGAGCUCUUGCAAGACUUGCAACACACCCCCUUCUGAAACCCAAAAUUGCUGAACUUAAAGCUGCUGUAAAAGCUUUUAAGGAUGCAAGACAAAACCCAGGUAAAGCCAAUCCUUCAGAAAAGAAGCCAGAAGCUCAGCCUAAAUCAGCACAAAACUUGAAUGAACAUGUUCUUAAACUAGUUCAAAAUUGGCAAGGAUUUGAAGACAAAACAAAAAUGAGUGUGAAAAUGGGAACUGUAGGAGGAGCUGAUAAACUCAGUGAGAGUGAACCUGAACAGGAAAUUAUGGAAAUGGAGAGAAUUCCAAAAGAGUUUUCGUCUCAGACAGUAGAAAUGCAAGCAGUCACUCAGACAGGAAAGAAACUUGUCUGUAAAAAAAGGAAAGAAAAUGUGAGCAUGAACAAAUUAACUGCAAUGAAACAAAUAAUUAGGGAUGAUAGUGACCUGGAACAACAUAGUGAAGAGGAAUACUUUGAUGAUAGUACUGAAGAGAGGUUUUAUAAUCAGACAUCAAAUUCUGAUAGUGAUAGCAAUGAUGAUUUCUUCAUUGGCAAAGCAAAAAGAAAGAAGAAAACAGCAGCAGUUAAUGAUGUUUCUUCAGUAAAAGAAAAGAAUACACUUCAGAAAAACAUAUUGAAGGAAGAAAAGAGUACAGUAUCUGGAACAGUGCAGAAUUGGAUCAUGGAAGGAAAACCACAUGAUAAAGCUGGGAAGCUGGAAUCAGUGUUCUGUACUUCUUUGUCUACCUGCAAUCAGAAAUCCCAAAACAGAAGAAACACAAAAGACCAACCUGUCAAAAACAGACAAACAGCUCUUCUUAAAAAGGAACCACAGCCCAAAAAGCAAUCAUUUGCAAAAACCUCCAUUCUUAAACAUGACGGUAAGAAUCCACGUUUGGAGCAGCCUCUUCAUCCUUCAUGGGAAGCAAGCAGGAGACGUCGGGAACAAAUGUCACAAAUUACAGCAUUCCAGGGCAAAAAGAUUAAAUUUGAAGACUAGAUUGUAUAUAAAUUGAGAUUUUAAAAUAUGAUUAUUAUAAAUUUGCAUCUUACAGUGUUUUUGUCAGUGGUGAAAACUGGAAUUUGAGCAACUCUUGGUAGUGUGGACAGAAAACAAUGUAGAAAUCUUCACUUAAAUAAUAUUUUACAUUUCUCAAGAAUUUAUGCCCAUUAAUCCAUUUUUGGGUGUCUUGAUAAUUCCAAUUCCAUAAUGCCACUGUUUGUGGAAUACGCCCCACCAUGACUGAAUGGAUUUUAAGAGCAUCAUCUGUGCCAUGUAGGAGUAAUACAGAUUCUGUGAAGUUUUAUUUUUGUAAAAAUGUACUUUUAAGUACUUAAGGACUGGAUCUAAAGUUAUAGGUAAGAACACCACUACUGAAGUGAUAAUCCUAGGUCUGUAUUAUCAAAUAACAUCUUUGAUGAGGAAAUCUCUUAAACUUGAACAGACUUUACAAAUUCAUGGAUGUGUCAGUUAGCUAUGAAAGCCAAUUAGUAAUGCACAUGUUCUGGGUAGCAAUAAAAUACUGGCCUGUUAAA